UCCGAGCUCUAACGACUGACUGAAUCCGCGCAGAACUACGAACUCUUGUGACUCAUACCCGACUAGCCGCGAUAUGGUUUCGUCAAUGAAGCAGUACAGGGAUGAUGCCGAUGCGCCCUCGUCCGUCUCCCUCUCGCUCUCCCUCGGCGCCGUGGCCGACCGCAUCAGCAAGAAGAUGAGGCGCGGCGGCGCAGACGGCGAGUUCGUGUGCAAGACAUGCGGCCGGUCGUUCAGCUCGUUUCAGGCGCUGGGCGGGCACCGGACAAGCCACCUGCGUGGCCGCCAUGGACUUGCCCUCGGCCUCGCCGCGGGGUCAGAACAGGUGAGCAGGAAGAGCAGGGACCAGAAGCAGGUGCACCGGUGCCAUGUCUGCGGGCUCGAGUUCGAGAUGGGUCAGGCCUUAGGAGGCCACAUGCGCCGGCACCGCGAGCAGGAGGCCACCACCACGGCGCAGGCGCAGCCAGUUCUGCUCCAGCUCUUCUUCUAGCGCUAGCUCCAUUGGUUUCUCUCUAGUCCGAUAUGGAUAGACUGCCUGCUGUGUAGUUCUGCUGGUGUUGAUCGAUGGUUCGUUCCUUCACUUUGACGAACAUGUACAUAUGUCUCAUUGAUUCCUUCGUUAUUUCGGUCCAGUUUAGUUCCCUACAAGUUGAGCCUAUCAAUAUCCUGAUAAAUAACUCUCGGAAG